AUGGCACCAAAAAGAAAAAAGAAAACCGGGAAACUAACAAAAAUGACUGAUGAAGAAAGAGCGAUUUUCCUUGAACAACAAAGAGUUGCUGAAGAAGAACUAAAAACAAAAAAGAUGGCACUGUUAACUCAAUAUCUACAAGAUAAACUUAAUCAUGAAGAAAAGUUUACUAAACUUAAUAAAGCAAAACUGACACAUUAUUGGCGAACUAUUAUGAGAGAGACGAAGUCAAAAGAAUUGAAAAGAACUAUAGAAAUAUUAUCACAAACAUUUGAAAGAAUUAUGGACCGAAAAGAAAGUAUCAUCAAAACACUUGUUGCGGAUCUUAGUGAGGCAGAUGAACAGCAUUUGAUGGCUCUGCGUUCUCAUCUACAGAAUGUAGAUAUUUUAAUAGAUUUACAAAAUCAAAGAUUACAUAAAUUAAAAACUAAUUAUGAAAAGGAAUUGCACUCUUUGGUAGAAGAAUUCUUAAGAGAAGAAAACUUUACUAAGCAACAACACGAUAAACAAGUCUGUGACUUAAAAGAUAUAUUUGUUGCACUGGAUUCUACAUAUACUGCCAAAGCACAUGAAGCUGUAAUUGAUCAGACUAGUUUGAAGGAUGAUCUGAAGAAUAAAAGUUUGGAGGAAAAACAUACAUUGAGAAUAAAUUUGGAGAAUAAGGUCAAUACUUUGUGGUCUGAAUUCAAACAGGCUUCCACUCAAUACACAACAACUACCAAUGAAAAAAAGACAUCUUUCGAAAACUUAAAAGCAAAAGAUGAACGUUCAGCUGCUGAAAUUCAAUUACACUUAAACAAAAUCCAAAAAAUCAAUGAUAAUAUAUCGGCUACUAGACGUCGUAUGUUAAAAACAUCUAAGGAAUAUGAAGAAAAAAAUCGCAACUUAAAAGAAGAACGUGAUAAGUUAAUUGUUCGAUUUCAAGUCUUGAAGAUACAAAUCAAUAAAUUACGUGAUCUACAACAUGAAAAACUGGUUAAAAUGUCAGUUGAAAGUGGGGAUGCUAUAAAAAAGGUUCAAUGUUUAUUGGAAAAAGCAGAGAAAAUUAUUAAGUUAGGUGAACAGUGCAGAAAGUAUGAGACGGAAGAGGAAAAAGUUACACCAUUCUAUUCAUCAUCUUUAUCAGCGGAAGAAGAAAGUGCUGUGCAAGAAUCGUUCGAAAAAGAACAGAAUGAAGAGAUGAUGAAGAUAUUAAAACGAUGCCUUCCACUUGAAAUGUUUUGGAAAAGAUUUAAUAAAGUUCAAUUAGAUCGUUUAGCAAUAAUUAAAGAAUACAAUAUGUUAGAACAAGAAAACAUUCAAUUAAAAUUAUUAUUGAAACAAUAUUUAGACGGUAUAUCAGUUAAUAGUGAAGUUAUAUCUGGUGAUAAUUCAUUAAUUGUUAUAAAUGGACGAUCAAAUUUAAAACACAUGAGCAUAAUAGAUGAUCCACGAAUUAGAUUGAUAUCUACUGAUGAUGAUAGUGUACAGCCGAAAGAAAUGAUAAACUAUGCUACUACUCCCGCCGCAGUCGACUAUCGAAUAAGACAGACAACUUAG